AUGGAUCUUUCCAACCAGAAGAGGUCGUCCCUGCCGCGCCUGGCAACAAAUGUUUCUCCUGGCCAUUUGACCCAGGUCAUGCACCCUGCGCUAACCAAGAUUUAUUCCGACACACACAUGCCGCCGCUUUCUGAGCAUCCGGCUUUCCGGCCUUCUGUCUUUGUAGAGGACAAGCCGGAUGAUGAGAAUAUUGCGCCGACUCUUCGCUAUGCGCCUGACAUCAAGCCUAUCUACAUUGCCCCAACAUGUAUCGAGGAAUCACCCACCUUGACCCGGAAGAAGACUAUGUACUACGAGGACAUUUUCUCGGCCCGCGGUGCUCACAACUCGCCCAAGGAGCGUGUUGAUCAAGACUCUCUUGUUGUUGCGGAACUCAAGACCAACAUCAAUCUUAAGGAUGAAGAGUCCAAGCUUAUCACCGACCUGGCCCUUCGUCUGGCCCAGGUCUAUCUUCGACCCGAGACCUCUGUGCUGGUGGUUGUUGAGCAUGAUGCCUGCCUUCGCUUCGGCAACAACACUCUCCCGGCGUAUCUGCUCAAGAUCCAUGCCCUGCCCUGUCUGAUCGGCCCCAUGACCAACCUCCGCGCCACCAGUCUCCUCCAAACAUUCCUCUACGAAACGUUGGGGGUUGCGCCCGGUCAAGGAGUUGUCAUUUUCAACUCGGUCGUCGAGGAAAACCUGGCGACCAACGGAGUCACGGCCCGCGGUGAGAUCUCGCGCCUUGAGCGCACCGAACAGGAGGAGAACCCUGGCAUCUUCAAGAGCAUCUCUCGCUCGAUGAGCCGCCGCCUCAAGUCGAGCAGCAGCCACAGCACUCCUCUCUCGAUCACCCCCUCCCUGCCCCCCAUCACCAGCCCCGUCCAGGCUGGUGGUCUGCAGUUCCCUUUCGCCGCGGCCGACACGGAGGCGCAGGGACCCCAGGAAGAGGACAAGUCCCAGGGUCUCAAGAAGCGCAAGAGCUUGAAGACGUUUGUCCAGCGGCGCUUGAGUGAGCUCUCCAAGGGCAGCGCCAAGUAG